CCCCUUUUCUUGCCCUUUGCUUAUUUUGUACUCUUUCUUUCUCUCUCUCUCUCUUUCUCUGUUUGGUUCUUCAAGAAAGAGAAAUUAGAAGCCAUGGAUAGAAGACCCAGAAAGCAAGCCAAGACUAAGACUAAGAUUAAGACUAGGAAGCCUACUUGUUCAUCAGAAGAGGUAAGCAGCAUGGAAUGGGAAUUCAUACAAAUGAGUGAUGAAGAAGAGGAUCUUAUCAACAGAAUGUAUAGGCUAGUAGGAGACAGGUGGGAUUUGAUAGCUGGCCGAAUUCCAGGACGAACUGCGGAGAUAAUUGAAAGGUUUUGGUUAAUGCGACAAAUGAAAUAUUUUGAAGAGCAAAGAAGAGAGCGUCGUCAUGUGUUAACUUCUGCCCAAGAUGAAUGAUCGGGGUUUAGUGAGAAAAAUCUCGCUUGAAAUGAAAUUCUAUUUAUUUGUAUGCGAGUUCUUCUAGUUUGAGUUUUGAGAAUGAAAAUGUUGUAACAUUUGUUUUUAAAACAAGUUAAUCAUCUUAACUUCAGCUUAA